AUCGCGUUUCUCUUUCUCUCUCUCUCUCUCUGCGGCACACACAGAUUCCAAUUGUUCCACUCUACGCACCUCGCCGCAGUCAUGGCGGACGCCGGCGACGACCUGGACCUGCUCCUGUCGCUGGACGAGGACGGCGACCAGGCCGUCCUCGAGACCCCUCCGUCCUCCCCCUCGCGCCCCGCCGCCGCCGCCGCCACCGGCUACGGCGCCUUCACGCCCCCGAGGGCCGUGGCGCGCCCGGGCGGCACCGACAUGUCCGUCUUCCGCGACGCCGUCAAGGACUACAUCGAGGCCGUCCCGGCCUCCACCUCCGGCUCGGGCCCCAGCCGCCCCAAGCUCCCCAAAUCCAACCAAACCCUCGUCGACACCUACUCCGGCCUCCGCAUCAAGCACAUGGCCGUCUCGCCGCUCGAGAUCGCCAACCGCUUCGCCGACAUCCGAUUCGUCCGCAUCUCCGCGUUCAAGAGCCUGGCCGGCGGGGACUUCUUCUCCGGCUGCUGGGCGACCGCCGGCGUGGUGCUGGACAAGGGCACGAAGCGGGUGAGCGCGCAGGGGAAGGACUACAGCAUCUGGAAGAUGGGCGCGCUGGACGACUCCGAGGUGUCGGUGUUCCUCUUCGGGGACGCCCACACCCACUACUCCGGCGGCGCCGUCGGCGACGUCUUCGCGCUGUUCAACGGCAACGUCCGCAUGGACAAGGGGGGGCAAGGGUUCUCGGUGAGCGUUGGCUCGGUGGGGCAGAUGAUGAAGAUGGGCGUCUCGGCGGAUUUCAGCAUCUGCAAAGGGACGAGGAAAGAUGGGAUGGCCUGCACCAUGGCCACAAACAAGCGCAAGGGACCAUACUGCAAAUAUCAUUCAUCGAACACAUCAGCACAGAAAUACUCUACUGGCAGAGUGGAGCUUAAGGGUGGAAACUUCCAGUUUGCUUCCAAACUUCGUUCCAAUGGGAUUUACAUGGUCAAGCCUCCCUCAGAACGAUCCGAUCCGAGAAAUCCAUCACGACCACUGAAAGUAAUGUCAGUCGAUGGUUUAAAAAGGGCUUUAAGUAAUGCGGAUAAAGUGACCACUAAGAACAACUCUCAGGGUAUAAGGUUCCUCUCCCAUGUCACAGAGGCCGGGGGUUCCGACCUCCCUUUCGAUAAAGAAAAAAAACCUACACACUGCAAAAUUUGCCGCUGUCACCUCGCAAUGGAAACUGAUCUACCUUCUGCAUUGACCAGGCGGCACGGAACCGAAUCUCGUGAGCAACAGUACUUCGACAGUUGUACAGAAGCCGAUGUCGACCUGGAGCACCCUCUCGGAGAAGCUGAGCUCGGGCAGAAGGCCGGCAUCUUCUGGCACCAAGGUAGGAGCGCCCAAACCGGCCUCGCAGAAGCAGGAACAAGAGGCCAAAAGGAGAAAGGUGAACAACCCUUCGGGGAACACGAUCGAGCUGGACCUAGGCAGCUCGGACGACGACGAGAUCAACAUAGUGCUGCGACGCUAGCUGAUGGCCUAGCUUGGCUGUCUCCAUGGCCAAGCGGCUUGCUGCUUUCUUUUCAAGAGGCUGUAAAUGUACACCAGAAGGAGCACACAAGGAAGGCCUACGGGAUUGCCGCCGCGCCCUUCCACAGCGACAGCAUAGGGAGUAGUCGAGGCCGAGGCGCCUAUGCAUGUUCUAUACUUGAUUCCCUGUUUAAGGUUUGGGAAUUCUGAAAUACCAGGGGCGAAUGUUUUCUGUUGCCUGUAAUUGGACGUUGGACGAGAUGAUAUGGAUUCAGAUUCAGUGCC